GAAAAGAACCGGUUCACAAAGCGGCUCGUGCACGAGCCCCCCUCGCUGGUCGCGAUGCGUGUGAUGUUUAUUGUGUAAACUCGGCGUGUUCUGCGUGAUUUUACCGGAUUAAAAGCUGAAGAGUCGCAGCUCCUGACUCCCCGCCGGUGAAGAUGAACACUAACCCGCUGUCUCGGACCCGCUCUGAGGUGUUCAGGGAGCUGAGGAAGGAGCUGUAUGAUGAUGAGGAGUUUGGGCAGGUUCCUCACAUCUUCGUCAUCCUGGGAGCCUCGGGGGACCUUGCCAAGAAGAAGAUUUACCCCACGCUGUGGUGGCUGUAUAAAGAUAAGCUCCUCCCAGAAGAGACGUUCUUCGUGGGCUUUGCUCGUUCCCGUCUGACAGUGGAAGAUCUCCGCUCUGCCUGUUUACCUUAUAUGAAGGUAAAAGAGGCAGAAACGGAGCGUCUGUCUGCGUUUUUCAGUAGGAACUCUUACCUGGCCGGUCGGUACACGGAGGGAGAUUCUUUCUCUCAGCUUCGUGCUCACCUGGACUCUCUCGCUCCUGAAGCUGCUGCCAAUCACCUGUUCUACCUGGCCUUACCGCCCACUGUGUACCACGAUGCCACCAAGAACAUCAGGGAGCACUGCAUGAGUGAUGAGGGGUGGAACCGUGUGAUUGUAGAGAAGCCUUUUGGUCGGGACCUGCAGAGCUCAGAGGAGCUAUCUGCUCACCUCUCCUCUCUAUUCAGCGAGGAACAGAUCUACAGGAUAGAUCACUACCUGGGCAAAGAGAUGGUGCAGAACCUCAUGGUGCUCAGGUUUGGGAACAGAAUCUUUGGGCCUAUUUGGAAUAGAGACAGUGUGGCCUGUGUGGUUCUGACCUUUAAAGAACCCUUUGGAACCCAUGGAAGGGGAGGAUACUUUGAUGAUUUUGGUAUUAUCCGGGACGUCAUGCAAAAUCAUCUCCUCCAGAUGCUCACCUUGGUUGCGAUGGAGAAACCCACUUCUACAGACUCUGAUGACGUGAGAGACGAGAAGGUGAAAGUGUUGAAGUGUAUAGCUCCGGUGACUCUGGCUGAUGUGGUGCUCGGGCAGUAUAUUGGAAACCCUGAGGGGGAAGGAGAGGAGAAGCUGGGUUACCUGGAUGACCCCACUGUUCCUGAGGGCUCCUGCACCGCCACCUUCGCCACCGCAGUGCUCUUCGUCCAUAACGAGCGCUGGGAAGGUGUACCGUUUGUCCUGCGCUGUGGUAAGGCUCUGAAUGAGCGUAAGGCUGAGGUCAGGCUGCAGUUCACCGAUGUUCCCGGUGAUAUCUUUAACUCUCAGUGUCAGAGGAACGAGCUGGUGGUCCGGGUUCAGCCGGAUGAAGCCAUUUAUGCCAAAAUGAUGAGCAAGAAGCCUGGAAUGUACUUCAGUACAGAGGAGACGGAGCUGGACCUGACCUACCGCAGCAGAUACAAGGACGUGAAGCUUCCUGAUGCGUACGAGCGUCUGAUCCUGGACGUGUUCAGCGGGAGUCAGAUGCACUUUGUGCGCAGUGAUGAGCUGCGGGAAGCCUGGAGAAUCUUCACUCCUCUCCUCCACCAGAUUGAGACAGAGAAGAUCCAGCCCAUUCCCUACUUAUAUGGAAGUCGGGGACCUAAAGAGGCGGAUGAGCUGGUGAAGAGGGUGGGGUUCCGCUACGGAGGAACUUACAAGUGGGUCAAUCCUCACGCUGUGUAAACACUCCAGUCGGGGCUGCUGGGCUUCUUUCUUUCCUUCCUCUAAAAUCAAAGUGAAAUUCUCUCCGUCACCGAGCAGAGUGGAGCCCGGCGACUCGGCUCUGUUCAGAGUGAGGGGGGGAAAUCAGAGAACGAGUUAAUCAUACAGCAGAUUUCAUGCAGCAGAGGUGUGAAAAAUGGGUUGGAAAAGCUUAAAAUGAUCAGUAUUAUUUUUCUCUCUAAUGUGAAAAGAAAAUCGAGAACAGAGAACCUCUUUUUCCAAUGAUUUAAUGAAUUAUGUCUUAGUUAUCCUGCAAUAAUACCUCAAGUCUUACUCAUUUCUGUUCUUUAUUUGAAUGUAAUGCGAUUGAAUGUGAUUGGACGAGGGGUCACUCGUCUUUGGGUUUCUCUCCGCGACCAAAUCAGAGCAUGAUGGCUGAUUUAUUUCAAUAAUUCCAUUCAAGAACAUUCUCUCUUUAUUUUCUGUACCUCUGUUUCCUAUUGGCUGAGAGCAGUAGUGUAGUGCAGGCUGAUUUGUAGGAGUAUUGAUUUGUGUAUCCAGUGCUUUAGAGGUUAAAAGCAAUACGCACAAUGUUUUGUACAAAUUUUGUAGAGUUAUGUUGGUUUUCUGAAACUUCUAAAGCACUUACUGUUACUGUUACUGAUAGACAGUAUUAGUAUUAUAUGUAUACAGUACGUAUAUACAUAUAAUUCUGUUGUAUGCUUUACAUGUAUAUGGCACUUUUUUGUAGAGAUGCACUACCCAUGUAGGGAUGCACUGAAUAUUUGGCAACCAUUAUAAUGCAAAAAAAAAACAAAAAAAAACACUUUCGGUAAAAAUACCAAAUGAUUCGUACCAAAUGUUAAAAUUACGUUUUUAUUGACGUCAACAAAUAUUAAAUUUGAUUUUAUUUAAAGUCAUUUUAUGCUUUGUUGGUAUGUCUGCUGGAAUGUUAAAAAGGUUCAGUGUUGAAUAAACAUGUUUUAAAUGUAGUUUUUUAAAUUUGCUUUGAAAAUUAAAACUCAAAUUUAGGCUAUUUAAUUCAUUCAGUGGUGGAAAAAAGUGGCAAAAUUAUAUGGCGCACCUAAAAUCCACUAGUAAGGAACAGGGGUGUCGCCAUAUUUUGCUUCUAAUUCAGCAGUAAAUCUAAGCUAAGUUAAGUAAACAGAACUGUAAUUCUUAAAAGAAAACAAGUCAAAUAAUCGCUGGAUGUUAAUUUACAUUUUAAUUUAAUUUAUUUUAAAGAUUUCCACUGAGACUAGCGGCUAAUGCUAAUACUUCUCCAGUCUUAGUGCUGGAAAACUUCACUGAAACUCCUGUAUAACUCUGUACUUCAGCGUAUGAUUCAUACAUAAGGAGCAUCAGAUUAUAUUUCCCAAUUUUUCAGAAAAUUUAAGUAAUUUAAGUGCACCUUAUAGUGCGAAAAAUACGGUAGAUCAUUAGCCUUAAUUUCAGUGCAUCCUUACUCCCAUGUUUACAUUUUCUAUCAUUAUGUCUUGCAGCAGAGAAAGGCUGAGUGGUAGUUUAGUUUAGGUUGUAUGGGUGAGUGGAAGUGGGUGUGUUUUGAGAAACUCUCACAGUAGAGACCACACCUGAGAUUAAACACGUUACCUGUGAAAUUUGAAGCUGUAAAUUUUUAAGUUUCUCCACACAAAGGUAAGAAAACAACACAGCAGAAACUCCUAGGGUGAUGUGGAUCAGCACAAGGCUGCGUCUGUGAGCUGAUGUAUCAGAACCACCAGAGUCGCUUUGCUUUCCACCGAGCGUGAGCGCUGUGAUGAUGCUACUCGGUAAUGCUACAGCAUCAGCAGCAGUUUAAAAAGAGAAAUUGGCUGUGUAAAAAUAAAAAUUCAAAUAAAAUAAUAAAAAACGAUUGAGAAUACGAGUGUGAAGGUGUAACCAUCUCCAAUCACACCCUUCACAACUCACAAAUCUGAAUGAGUUAAAAUUACACUUUUAGAGUGAAAAUCUUAACUUUUAGCUGUUUAACCCUGAAAUUUCAACUCUACAGUUUUUGCUGUGACUAACAUAUUUCUGAAUAGCCAAAAAAAAUGUAAAGAAUCACAGACGAAUAAAAAUUUAAAAAUUUACAAUUUUCUGAAUCAACUCUUAUAAUCAGACUGCUCUUUAAAGCGUGACGCCGCUCCGCAUUCCGUCCGUCCACAUUCCCGUCGCCCGGCCCGCCGUCACUCACCCUGCUGCUGGUUGUGGACUCUCACUCUCAGGUAUCUGCCUCAGGCUGGAGGAGCGACGCCUUCAGCUGAGAGGACUGAGAGCGGUCUGUCUGCGGUUCUGUCGCCUCCAGGAUUGAGCAGGUCGAGUGGAGUCGUGACCCUCGGUGUUUAAAUCACAGGCUUGUCCAUGUUUUACCGAAUAACCUGGAAUGUACUUCUGUCUUCUGUUUUCUGCUUGUAUUUCAACUUCUUCAAAAUUCUGUGGUUGAAAUAAAAAUGCGGCUUCAUUCCAAAGA